AUGGAUAUUAGGGACGAUCAAAGUAUUAAAACAGAUCUAAACCAAGCCCAUAUUUCAUGGGAAAAAUGGGAAGCAGAAGAUGUGUGCAACUGGGCAAUGAAACUAGAAAAUGGCAAUGAUUUUGCCAAGGAAUUGCACUCUCUCAUGACCAAGGGGAGAGACCUUCCCACUCUGAACAGAGAACAACUGAUUGAGAAACCCUACAAUUUCUCAGAUGCCACAGCUCUCAAUCUAGCCAAACACAUUAUGAAUCUUACCAAACCAGGUACAUAUUCCCACAUCUUGUUAACAAACAAACUUCAUCUAAGAAGUAGUUUCAUUAAUUCCAAACUCUAUCUUCUUUCAGCUUUAGAACAAGACUUGAAAAAGAGAACAGUAUUUAUCAAGAUGACAACCCAAAAACGUGUGUAUGGAUAUGGUACUGGUAUUCUAAUUGGAAAGAGAUAUGUCAUCACAGCCAAACAUGUUGCUAUGCCUGUGUCUCACCUGGAAAGCAAAACAUCUUUCAAUCUUUUUAAAAGAGACACACAGCCAGGGUCUUUGUACAUUGGCCUUAACUACCCAACCACAAGAUGGGCAAUGGCCCGAUUUUUGGGUCACUCCAACGAUCACGACUUGGCAUUAUUGGAAAUCAUUGACAAUGAUGUCCCUGAUCUCUCAAUUUUGCCAACUCCAUUGUUGGGGGAGGUUUGUGAAACCCAGGAUGUGUUGAUACGUAGUUUCUCCCAUUAUGUGCUUUUGGGAACCAAUAUUAUGGAUCCGGGUCUCCCUACUAUUCCACCUCCCAUCCAAUGUAUAAAGAGGGGAUAUAUCUCGUAUUGGAACUGUGGAAUAAUUGGUGUUGACUCAUCCUCAGACAUAGAAUACCAUGGGGCUGGUGUAAUGACUACCACCGGCAAACUAUGUGGAGUUAUCAAAGGGUGGUCAGAGUUCAAUCCUAGAGAUAUCCACUGUGAAUCAUACCACCAUUUUGUUCCUUUUAUUAGAGGGUCUUAA